CUUUGCUCCGAGACGUUUGGAUUGGCGCUUCGUUAAAUUUGCGGUGUGUGUUUUUGUAGUGAAUUCAGUUUUGAGUGUUUCGACGCGUGCCGCCGCCGCAGCCGCUUCCACGUGAAUAUUGAACUCCAAAAAUAAAGCACGCGCGCGUUUUACACACAUGUGUGUGCGUGUGAGUGCGCCAAUGAGCGUGUGUGUGUGAGAAUGUGCGUGGAUUUAUUUUUAAGCAGCAAGCAGCAAAUGUAAAGUGUACAACAUAAUAAGCAGAAAUUAUAUAGAGAAGCGUAUUCUAUAAAUAAUCAAAGCACACAGCCGGCUGCAUAGCUAAAAAGUUGACAAAACAGAAAACUAAAUUAAAGAAAUAAAGAAAGAGCAAUGAAAGCGAAAUUCAAAUGCGAACAGCUGCUGCUGGCAACGGCAGCGCUGCUGCUGCUGCUGCUGCUCAAUGCGGCAGCGGCCAAAGCGCAGCCAACCAAUUCUUAUGGCGCCUCGUUUAUCUCCAAUCCGGCCAUUUACGCCUACACUGUUGCCAAUCAGCAGCAGCAGCAGCAACAGCAACGUCCAGAGGAGCAGCAGCAAUCAGUCGACAGUCAAAACUACAUAAAUUUUGACACUGCCAAUGUGAAUCCAAAUACGAAUGCCAAUGGCAAUUAUCGUGCUGGCAUUAAUCGCAAUUACUACUACACGGAUGCCGUCGAUGCUGUCGAUGUGGAUGCAAAGAGUCAGUCCGAGUCAACGCCUGCCACGCCCACUGCAGCAGCAGCAGCAGUGCCGGCCACACAGCCAGCGCCCUCAACCGGCUGCACUCUGGACCGUCUGGCCGUCUAUAAGGUCGUGUUGCACACCUACUGGACACGUGAGCUCUUCCCCAAGCACUAUCCGGACUGGCGGCCCACAGCCCAAUGGACCAAGACCUUAGGUCGCACACAUAAUGCCAACUAUGCGCUUUACCACACCGGGCAGCCAGCCACAGCGGGCGUGAAGCAAUUUGCCGAAACGGGCAAAACGGAGCUGCUCGAUAGCAAUGCCGGCGAGCAGCAGCAGCAACAGAUGCAAAAAUCCACAGCAGCAGCAGCAGCAACAGCAACGACAACAGCGAAAAGUGCUGAGCGCAGCGUUUUCGAUGAGUUUAACAUGCCGGCAAUUCAAUUGGGCGCAGGACGCAGCGAGGCCAAAGUGUUUGUUGACAGCAAUCACAGUUUGGUGUCGCUAAUGACGCGCAUUGUGCCCUCGCCCGAUUGGUUCAUAGGCGUCGAUUCGUUUGAGCUAUGCGUGGGCGGCUCUUGGAUUGAUACAGUUACCGUUGAAUUGGAUCCACUCGAUGCGGGCACCGACAAUGGCUUCACCUUCACCGCCCCUAAUUGGCCAACAUCACCACAAGGCGUCAUUUAUCGCAUCACCUCGCGCUAUCCGGCGCAUCCAGCCGGCAGCUUCUACUACCCGAAGAGCAAGCGCCUGCCGCCCAUUGCCACCUUUCAGUUUAUCAAGCUAAAGGAGUACGAACUUAGUGAGGUAUUCAACAUUGCCGAGGACGAUCGCAAGUAUGAAACGGUGCAGACCCAAACGCAUCUGGAUGCGGAGCACAAUCACGUCGAGAUGAACAACGAGCUGUCGGCGAGCAUUGAGCGUGAGCGACAACAGCAGCAGCAACAACAGCAACAACAACAGCAGCAGCAGCUGCAGCCAUUUGAUAACGAAAGGCAACGCAUACGCUCACAGCUGUUGGCCAAAAUGAAUCCCAUCUACAACAACAGUCAACAAUCCGCAUUGGGCAGUGUGGUGCCCAAGAAUGACAAACACGCGCUAAUCCAGAGCAUUGCCAGCAGCUAUAGACGCGCGGAGGGCGGCGGCGCAGGCGGUGGUGGGGUCGGCAAUAUGAAUGCUUCAGUGGCUGCCGCUGGGCCUGCGAUUGGUUUGGGGUCGCGUCGACGCGCUUCGAUGGCGGCAAAGAGGCGACGCGACUGUCGCGUCAGCCACUGGUCAGAGUGGACGGCCUGCAGCAAGAGCUGCGGCAUUGGCGAGAUGCAUCGAUAUCGCAAAGUCAUCAAGCAUGGCAAGCGCGGCGGGCGGCCCUGCCCCGCGUUGCAGCAAUCAAAGUGGUGCGGCAGCGAGCGCAAUUGUCACGGGCCGCAGAGCUAUUUUAAUUGGUCCGAUUCCGAUACAUGAACUCAGCAAGUAACAGCAGCAGCGGCAGCAGCAGCAGCAGCAACAGCAGCAACAUCCACAGGCGAUAUAAAUAUAAUUUAAA